GUCUAAAGCUGCCGCACAUAUAUAUAUAUAUGUAAGACAUUGGAAUAAAUAGUUGAAUGGAAAAUGGGAAUGAACGUGUUGCCGGAAAGUUGCAUAGCGAAGAUACUGUCGUUGACGUCGCCACGCGAUGCAUGCCGAUUGUCGUCGGUGUCGAGGAUCUUCAGAUCGGCGGCAGAGUCCGAUGAUGUCUGGAACAAGUUCUUGCCGCCGGAGCUCCCCGCCGAAGUUCCUGAAUACCCCUCCCGGAAAGAUCUCUUCUUCGGUCUCUCCAAUGACCCCCUCCUCAUCCACCAAGGCCGAAUGAGCUUUUCGUUGGAGAGAUCGAGCGGCAAGAAGUGUUAUAUGAUAUCACCAAGAGCCUUGAGGAUUGCUUGGGGAGAUGAUCCCAGAUACUGGCGUUGGAUUUCUCUUCCUGAUUCCAGGUUUGAAGAAGUGGCCGAGCUGGACAUCGUAUGGUGGUUUGACAUCUCAGGAAGGAUGGACACAAGCCUUCUCUCCGACAACACUCUAUACGGCGCUUACCUUGUGUUCGAUCUAACGCCUAACGCGUACGGAUUUCGAGAGGCAGUUGAAUCCACCGUCAAAACGGCUGACAAUAUUCAGCAUUCGAGGGUGUAUCUGUCGCAAAAUCCACGCGGAGAAGGAGGGUCGAGAAGAGAUGGGUGGUCUGAGGCUAAGUUGGGGUGCUUCUUCAAUGGAGGGGGAGGAGGGGACGAGGGUGAAGUGGAGAUUCGCCUUUGCGAGACGAGGAACCUUCAUGCCAAGGAAGGGCUUAUUGUUCAUGGAAUUGAGAUCAGACCAUCCUCCUCCUAAACUUGGUUUCUUGGAUUCGAUUCCACACAUUUUGGAUGUUCUUCUUCUUGUUUCUCAAUCCGCUGUGUAAUAAUCCCAUCCCAUGAAUGAAGAAUGGUCGGGUUUUAUGAUGAAUAAACAUGUAAACGGUCUCAUUAUUUGAUAUUACCAUUUCUUUUUUUUUUU